ACCCGCCUUAUAAGAAAGAUAACCACCUAGGGUUUGCUUCCACCACUCCUCCCCUUCCAACCCCAGCACCCGGCGGCGGCGGCGAGCGGCGGAGAUGACGACGAGCCUGAAGAAGAACCGGAAGAAGCGCGGCCACGUGUCCGCGGGGCACGGCCGCAUCGGCAAGCACCGGAAGCACCCGGGAGGCCGCGGGAACGCCGGUGGCAUGCACCACCACCGCAUCCUCUUCGACAAGUACCACCCGGGCUACUUCGGCAAGGUGGGCAUGCGCUACUUCCACAAGCUCCGCAACAGGUUCUCCUGCCCGUCGGUCAACGUCGAGCGGCUCUGGUCGAUGGUGCCCGCCGACAAGGCCGCGGAGGCGGCGGCCGGCGCGGACAAGGCCCCGCUGGUGGACGUGACGCAGUUCGGCUACUUCAAGGUGCUCGGCAAGGGGAUGCUGCCGCCCAAGCCCAUCGUCGUCAAGGCCAAGCUCAUCUCCAAGGUCGCGGAGAAGAAGAUCAAGGCCGCCGGCGGCGCCGUCGUGCUCACCGCAUAGGAUUGGGUGGGCAAUGUUCUGUUCUGCAAUCUUACAUUCAAAGUAGAAAGCGAAUGUUUUCAGUCCUGAGCCGUAGAUCUUAAUCUCGGUAUCAUGUUCUAGCUUCCAGUAACAAGACUGCAUUUAUAUCUGGGAGGCAUAGUUGGUGGUCUGUGUAUGUGAUCUGCUGUUGAAUUGGGGUUUAUUAUUACAUUUCUGUUAUGGUGCCUUUUGUGAUAUGUCUCGAGAUGGCAUGACAUUUGUAAUUUGCUUCUCACAAGUUGUCUCAUAUGAUGCCACAUAUUUUGUGAUGUUGCAUUUGUAAUCUGUUUGUCA